AUGAGCGGCGACACGUACUCAUCGCGCGACGGCGGCCGCCAUGGCUCAUCCAGGGACUACGGGUCCUCUCGCCGCGACCGUGACGACCGACGAGAUCGUGGCCACGACCGCGACCGCCGCCGCCGCUCUCGAUCCCCCUACGACAGCUCCCGCCGCCGCGAUGCCGGCGGGGAGGUGGAUAGCUACUCGUCCAGCCGAAACCACCGCGAUAGGGAGCGCGAGGAUCGGUACACGGGCCGGGACCGUCGAGGGGACCGGGACUGGGACCGGGAGAGACCACCAAGACGCGAGGGCGGCGGCCGCAGGGACGACGAUAGGCCUCCUCGUCGCGACCGUGACCUGUUCGACGACCGGCGCCGCGGCGGGGCCGGAGGCCGCGGCCCCGGUGGUGGACGGGACCGGGAGAGGGAACGGGAGAGGGACCGCGACCAGGACGAAUUCAGGGACCAGCGACGCCGUAGUGAUUCGCCGCCUCCCAAGAAGAGAGAGCCCACUCCGGAUCUGACCGACAUCACCCCCGUCCUGGAGCGCAAGCGGCGCCUGGUGCAGUGGGACAUCAAGCCACCCGGCUACGAGAACGUCACAGCGGAGCAGGCCAAGCUGUCUGGAAUGUUCCCGCUGCCCGGUGCCCCCCGGCAGCAGCAGAUGGAUCCUACCAAGCUCCAGGCGUUUAUGAACCAGCCAGGGAACUCGGUCAGCAGCGCCACCCUGAAGCCCACCAACUCGCGUCAGGCCAAGCGCCUGGUCGUCUCCAACCUGCCUCCAUCAGCGACCGAGGAGUCCAUCUCCAGCUACUUCAACUUGCAGCUGAAUGGCUUGAAUGUCGUCGAGUCCACCGACCCCUGCGCGCUCGUCCAACUCUCUACCGACCGAUCCUUUGCCCUGGUCGAGUUCAAGACCCCCGACGACGCCACUGUUGCCCUGGCCCUAGAUGGGCAAUCGAUGGAGGCAGACGAUGCGAAUGGAGCGGCCAAUGGCGUACCAUCGGGCCUGCAGAUCCGACGGCCCAAGGACUACAUCGUCCCAGCUGUUGUUGAUGACCCCAACUAUGAGCCAGGUCGCGUUUCUAACAUAGUCAUCGACACUCCCAACAAGAUCAGCGUGGCCAAUAUCCCGCCAUACCUGACGACGGAGCAGGUCCUCGAGCUGCUAAGCAGCUUCGGCGAGCUCAAGGCAUUCGUUUUGGUCCAGGACCGCAGCACGGAGGAGUCGCGGGGCAUUGCUUUCUGUGAAUACCUCGACCCAGCCGCCACCGAAGUAGCGAUCAAGGCCCUCGACAACAUGGAGCUCGGUGAGAACCACCUCAAGGUCCGGAAAGCUAGUAUAGGAAUCACCCAGGUUGCGGGCGUGGAGAUGGGCGUCAACGCCAUGUCCAUGCUCGCCGGCACCACCUCCACCGACUCGGAGGUCACUCGCAUUCUACAGCUGUUGAACAUGGUCACUCCCGAGGAGUUGAUGGACAACGAUGACUACGAAGAAAUUUGCGACGAUGUGCGGGAGGAGUGCUCCAAAUACGGGGAAAUUAUUGAAAUCAAGGUCCCACGGCCGGUUGGCGGCAGUCGACAGUCGGCCGGAGUGGGCAAGAUUUUCGUCAAAUAUGACACCCCGGAGUCGGCUACGAAGGCCCUCAAGGCCCUGGCUGGUAGGAAGUUCGCCGAUCGGACUGUGGUCACGACCUACUUCCCCGAGGAGAACUUCGAAGUGGGUGCUUGGUAG